UGCCGAGCUGUCAAACUCCAUGCAGUCCGCGCACGGAUCAGCUGAUUUUAGAACGCAUUCGCACGGGCGUGGAAAGGCCAGGAAAAACACCGUGCCGCGUAUAACCUAAAACAUCCGCUGAGAUGGAAGAAGCGCUUUUACCCACGCCUAACCGUCGCUAAUUCGAUUUAUCGCUGAAUCACGCGCAAUUAACAAUUUGAGGUGUCGCUCGUACACUUGGCUUAUGCAGUUUUGCUUGAAAAUAAGCGCGGACGAAUGCGAAGAUGGUAGAUAUAAAGAGCAAUCCUCCCAUCGUUGGAGAGAAUGACUCACACUACGAGUCGAGGAUACGAGCGAACAGUUUUGGCACGGGAACGUCGACACCAUCGUCCUCCUCCGACUACAUGACGGGAGAAGCGGAUGACAGCUCCGAUAGCAAGGGAACCGUACCGUUCAGCUUAAAAUCGGUGGAGAACAUGCUCUCUCUGUCUAAGGACGCUUCUCAAGAGGAUCUUCAAGAGAUGGUACAUAAAUGCAAGCUGAUGGUGUUGGAGAGUGCCGAAUGCUCGGACGAGCGCAAGUGGCUCGUUCGACGGCUGAUCGAGUUGCGUUUGCGCGUGCAAGAGCUGCGGGAGACUUCGGACGAGAAUCUCUUUGAGACGCGCGUGAUCCUGGGUCAUCACUUUGUACCGCAGAAGUAUUAUAUCACCACGUCUAGUCCGGUUUAUUGCGACCACUGCAGCGGCGCGAUCUGGACGAUGCUGCAGUCGUGGUAUAUGUGCAAUGAUUGCAAGUUCAGUUGUCAUUGGAAGUGUCUGAACAACGUGUGUCGUGUGUGCGUGCAUGUGGUUGCCAGUGAAGCUGGCGGAUAUACGCAUACGAAGGAUAUCUGUCCGGAGCAAGGCCUCUCGAAGCAGGGCUACCGUUGCGCGGAAUGUAAAGUGCGAAUAACAUUCACUUUCUCGAAGGGAUUAUCAUUAUCUUGCUUCGGCAGUUCCUUUAGGAAUACAGUAACGCUUCUAGAAUCGGCGUGGGUAGAGCCUCGACUUUGUGACUACAGUGGUCUAUAUUACUGUCAGAGAUGUCAUUGGAACACAGCUAUGGUUAUUCCCGCAAGAGUGAUUAGAAACUGGGACAUGGAGCCGCGUCUGGUGUCUCGCGCAGCAGCACAGCUUCUGAUGCUUCUAGAGGAUCGCUCCGUACUACCACUGGAAGAAUUAAAUCCGAAACUGUUUACCCUGGUUCCGGAUUUAUCACUCGUAAAACGGAUGCGAGAGGAAAUGCAGAUGAUGAAGAGAUACUUGGUUCUAUGCGUAGAAGCUUGCACUCAAGGAUUACCGUGGAAGAUUGGUUUACGCACACACAUGAUCGAGAAUUCAGGUAACUAUUCCAUCAAGGACCUAAUCGAUCUUCAGAGCGGCAUUCUCCUGGAUGAGCUUCGCGCCGCGUACGAUACGAUGCAUGGGCACAUCACGCAACAAUGCGAGCUCUGCAAAGCGAGGGGACACCUGUGUGAGAUAUGCGGUAAUGACGAAGUAAUCUAUCCAUGGGACGCGAGCUCGGUUAUUUGUCAGCAAUGCUCAGCGGUGCAUCAUCGCGUUUGUUGGGCUAAGCGUAAUCAUUGUUGCCCACGGUGUGCACGUUUACAAAAACGUCGCGCUCUAGAAGGACAAAGUGCGCAGGAUGAUGAAAACUGUGAAACGGACGACACCGCAAAGGACUCAUAAAUGAUAGUGUCAGUGCGAAUGUGCGUGUGGUAAAAUAUUAUUCGUACAACUGUAACGAUAUAUACUUUGUACCUGUUGUUUUUUUAAGCGAAUUUAAUCGAAUACGGGCUGUAAUUUUUAUAUAUCACCGUAUACGUUAAAGGUUGUAUAGCAUUUCUCUAAUUGUGAAUUUAUAAUUAUAUCGUGUAAUUUUUUUUAACACGUGGUCUAAUCAGUGAGAUUAUACAGGUGAUAUAUACCAAUGAUAUUUUUUUAACUAAUUGUACAAACUUGUCACGUAAUGCGUGAAGUACCACAAACUUAUAGUACCGCAUGUGAGCAAUAUAUUCAUUAUUCAUUAAACGUUGCGAAUUAGCGAUUAAUUGCGAUGUUACAUACACUUUGUUUAAAAAAAAAAUUUAUUAACAAUAAAUUACCUGCUGCGUUCAGCAGAUACAUAACCAUAUAAAAGCCAUAGCGAAAAUUAAUGACCAAACAAAAAAAGAAGGUAGACAAAAUUUGCUAAAUGCACAAAGUAAUUUACUUAUACUUUUGCCACUCGUUAUUCGAUGAAUGUCACAUGUGAAUUUUUAUCUUUACUGUCUACAUAGAUAAUGGCGUAUAUGUUCCUCGCAGAAUUCUCCUUGGGUCUACAAUGUUAACAUUUGCACAAAUGUUGAAUGAUGAAUUUUGUAUUGUUCUAUUUGUCGUAUGGCUAUCCGAUUCUGCACUUCCGCGUGCGUUCUGGAAGAGUAAGGUACCGGCGGUAUUUAAGCGAAAAUGUGAAGAUAUUGGAGCCAGUUCGCAUCUUCACUCGGUUGUAGCCAGGUAAGCCGGUGCAUCGUAUUAUGACAUUUUUCCACAGAUAGAGAAAUGAGUCGCGAACAGAUUCUCGCAAAGAAUGUUUUGAAACUUGCUAAUCUAUUGAUUUGUUGUAUAUUAUGUACUAAUUUGAAAUAAAUUUCAUCACGUUGUUAUUUUUUUCAUUAAA